UCUUCUUCUUCCUGACCUAGCCUAGAUUCGGCAUCCUUCUCUGGCUGGGUGGCGCACGUUCCUAUCCGCUUCUCUCUCUCACCAUGAUGAAAUCUAUCGGAUCUCAGAUCGGGCUCCCGUUUCUCUCCCAAGACGAGGAUGCGCGUUUACAAUUCAGGUCGGGAAAGAAUGGUAUCAAGCGGUUGGCCGUCCGGGAGGCUAUUCCGGUGCACGAUGUCGGGUAUUGGUCGCAGUACUGGAUGCUUUUCGAAAGCUCGGCAGAUGUACAUUCCUUGAUCUCUACAGGAGAAAUCCGAGCGGCUCUGCAUCAAUGCCCCCGGAACGUCUCUACCCUGAUCACAACCCUCUCUUCUCACCUAUUCUCUACGGUCCCAUCUUCCACCUUCCCUACGGCCGCUUCGAGCUCGAUAUCUCCGAUCCCACUACCGAACAACCUCCGCCGGACCUUGACCAACGCCCGUGGGAAAUCCAACCUCUCCACUCCGGACCCAACCAGGGAAGUCCUCAACUGUCUGAGGGUCCUGGGAAGAGUCUUGCCAGUGGUAUACGAGGCGGAGACGGAGAACGUCAAGGAUCAGGAUUAUAGAGACGUAGAUGGAGAUCCCCCUUUCGGGCAAGAUCAGGAGGCUGGAGAAGGGGAGGUCGACGACGGAAGGCUAAAGGACCAUUUCGCCUGGCACGUCUUGUGGAAGCGACCACUAGGCCCUCGGAAUCUAGAUCCUCAGAUUGAUCUGGAUUAUCCAUCAGGACGGGAAGGAGAACUCGCGGUUGGAGAUAGGGCUAGGGACGUAUCGAUGAGUACUCCCUCGGAUCCACUCACGCAAGCGGCAGAACAGAGUGAGAGGCGUCGAGACAAGAACGAUCGAGAUGUCGAUGAAGAGGAAGAGGGCGACCGGCAACCAAGCUUGACGGACAAGUUGUUCGGGGUCACCGUGGACUUGCUGUUCUGCGCUGGGUUUACGAUCCCUGAGAGUAUGAAGGGGGCUGACGGACGGGGUGACAAGAUCAACUACGUGAUCUGGGAAAAGGGAGUAGGGAGCACCCACGACAUCGGGUCUACGACAGAACUCGACCGGAACAAGACGGAAGUCCUUCGUUUCCUCCUCGUGCUCCUUUCGUCGACCAUCUACACCGCUCCACACAGCCUCCCACACUCGCUCAACCGGCCACUACAAUAUCUCACGCACAACCUCGAACGUCGACUCGUUCUCAGUCUACUAUGUUCUUGGCUAAAUACCAGCCUCUCCAGGGGUGCUCAAUCGGCUUGGGGCGAGAACAUACCAUAUAAUCAUCUCAUCACCCGAGCAGGGGAGGAUCGAAGGACAUUGGUCAGGAUGAGCUUGAUGGUCCUCCUCGUCGCACUGGAUCAUUGGAAGGUCGACCGAGAAGAGAUCGUCGAAACUCCCGGAAUCACAGGGAUGGGAAUGGGCGUCGGAUUCAACUUUGGCAUGCCUCCGUCAACGCCGGGAGGGUUGGGGUCGUCGGUCGUAGGCGAGAACGCGCCGAAAAAGGACGAGAACGCCUUUAGGUAUUUCUUGUCAAAGUUGCAUCGGAGAGAAGACUUCGAUUUCAUCCUCACCGGCGUACUCGCCAUCCUCAGUGAACAUACUGCCGUCAACCAGAACGUCUUGCCAGGAAGCAAGAAGCCGGUCGAUUACAUCUUGGAGAUCUUCAUGCUUUUCUGGAAGCUGCUCGACCUAAACAAGCGCUUUCGGACAUACGUUCACGAAUCUGGAAAAACGCAAGACAUCGUUGGUCAUAUCCUCUUGUGCUGCUUGGAGAUGAAGGAUAAUCCAGCCCACCACGGCCUCCUUCGAAUGCUGUCGUACAUCUUGCAAGCCAUGUCGGCCGAUCGAGAGUUUGGUAUGGCGCUCAACAAACCGUUGGACAUUACAAUCCCCGUCAAGUGGAACGUGCAGGGCACGACAGCGGACUUUAUGGUCGUCUCCAUGUAUUCCAUCGCGACCACGCCUGGCCUUAAUCCUCUGUUCCCGGCGUUGACUGUGACCAUCAGCAAUGUAGCGCCAUACCUGAAAGGUCUCGGCAUCCAGGCUUCGACCCGCUUACUCCAGCUUUUCAAAGCAUUCUCGGUCCCCAACUUUUUGUUGGCAGAUGAAGGUCAUCCGAGGCUCGUCUACUACCUUCUUGAAACCUUCAACGGCAUCAUCUUCAAUCAGCUUCAAGAAAACCCAAAUAUCGUCUACGCAAUCCUUCGCUCCCAUCAGGAGUUCCAAGACCUUGCUACAUUCACACUCCUGGGUGGCCUGCGCGACAUCCAGAAACGGAUGUUGGCCCGAGCAGCGAAUCAGGCCGCUACCGAUCGCAAGGCGGAUGGACCCAGAACCUCCCAAGACUCGAGCGUCCUGCCAGAAAAGGCUGGUCUGCUGAGCGAAGAACACCGACGUGACACGAUGGAUCUCGGUAGUCCAAACCUCGGGACGCUUGCCCCUACAACGAACCACAACGUAACAUCUCCCCUCUUCACGCCAGGUGAAGCGGAAGAAGAUCCCAUGGCCACGGCGGAAUCGAACGCGAGCAAACAGACGGCGAACCCAAAGUCGGAAAAAGCCAAGGGAAAGAUGAGGGAGCGAAGCGAAUCGACGAGCACGUUAGCAAUGGACACCGAGUUGCAACGACUUGCAAUGAGCGGGAUCGGACCGAACGGAUACGUCCCUACUCAGGAAUGGGUGUCGAGUUGGCAGAAGGGGUUACCGCUCGAUCCGGUCCUGCUGACCAUAUCGGAACUCCUGCCAAAGGUACAAGAAUUACAACCGUCAACAACGCCUGGUCCGAGUCGAAACGUCAUCAGCUUUUUGAAGAGCGCCACUUUGGUCGACGUCCUGCCAUCACACCCGUCCCAUAAUCCUCGAAGGUUUCAGUGGAGCGUGGCAUCGACGAUAUGGCUUAGCUCGCUGCUCUGGGGACAGAUUUAUACGGCUGCACUACAAAACUUCAACAACACCGCGGUGCGCUUGUUCGGGGUCAAGCAGGCUGCUCCAACACGCCGUGAACAGGCCAUUCAAAACGUCUCGAACAGGUUGUUAUCGUUUGUCAACGGUUAUCCCGCGCCAAUGACGGGGAUACCGAACGGCCGGCCCUCCAUGUCAGGCAUGUAAUUAUGAUCCAUAUAGGCCACCUUUUACGAUCGUUCUGCUAGGAUCUAGUCUGCAUACAUAUCAUACCAUUUUCCUGAUCAUAUCACUGAGGGAGGCAGCAGCUUGUUGCGAUUCAGCCGCUGAUCCGGAUUGGCCAGGCUCGGACGAUGUUGGACGAGAGUGCACAGA